GCAGGAGGUCCAACUCGGCGCACAACUCGAACAAAUCCCGCUUGGUAGAUCCAUGAUAGCAACCAACAGAACCCUACCUAAACACGAAGAGGCAGCUAUCAAAUCCCACCCGAUCUCUCCUCUCGAUCGCUGCGUAGGACCAUAAAAUCCGACCCGAUCUCAGAGGUACCCACCAUAACAGAGUUGGACACUUCUCAAGGCCGCCUCCCGCCCUGGAUCACCCUUGACACGAGGGCAACUCCACCACGGCCAUGGAGGAGGAAGCCCCCAAGAGCCCUACAUCCGUUGGAGCCGGCGACCAGCAAGUACAGCCGGGGGCUGGCGGCGGCGAGGAGCAUGGAGGCCUCAACAACCUAGACCUCAUCAGCCGCCUCCCCGACGAGGUACUCGGUACCGUCAUCUCCCUCCUCCCCACCAGGGACGGCGCGCGCACGCAGGUCCUCUCGCGCCGGUGGCGUCCCCUCUGGCUCUCGUCCAAUGCGCCGCUCAACCUCGGCGCUGACUUCGCCCUCCGCGGGGAGGAGUGCACCCUCUGCGGUGCCACCCACGAGUGCAUGCACAAGCGCAUCGCCUUCGUCUCCAAGAUCCUUGCCAACCACCCGGGCCCGACCCGACGCUUUGCACUCCACCUCGUAUACUGGCCCAACAUCCCGGGCGUUGUCGAUGGCUGGUUCCGCUCCAGGCCCCUCUCCGGCCUCCAGGACCUCGAGGUCGUCAACAAAUCGAGCCGCUACGUGCUGCUGCCGUCGCACGCGCUGAUCCGCUUCGCGCCCACGCUUUGCCUGCUCAGCCUCAGCCAGUGUCGAUUUCCGGACCUGGGUGUGCCACCGAGUUUUCCGCACCUCAAAGAGCUUAUCAUGUACGAUGUCGGUAUCUCGGAGGACUCUUUCAAAACCUUCAUCUCCAGGUGCUCUGUUUUGCAAAGCGUUUCACUGCACAACAUGGAAUGUGGCCGCGUUUGCAUCAACUCGCCGACUAUCAGGAGCAUGAGCUUCUACGGCCGUUGGAGAAGUGUCAUCACUUUUCAGGAGCUGGUCAUUGAGGAUGCCCCUUCCCUUGAGAGGUUGGUACCACUUGAUCCAGACGGUGGUCCAGCGACCAUCCACAUAAUCCAGGCACCUAAACUGAAGAUACUUGGUUUGUUAUCUGGAGGCAUAUCCACACUCCGCAUUGGAACCACGGUUUUUCAGAAAAUGGUUGCCGUCAGCUUGAUAACCAAAAUGCACACAGUUAAGAUUUUACUUCUUGACUCUAUUGGUCCUAAUCUGGACUCAGUUGUUAACUUCCUCAAGUGCUUCCCUUGCUUGGAGAAGUUGUAUGUCAUUGUUUCACAUCCAGAAAGGGAUUCUUUUUUCUAUCCGCAGUUGCAUUCAGAAAAGGAUAUUAACAAUGUGCGGGAGUAUGACCCACUUGAUCCAAUUGAAUGCCUUGAACUCAAUCUAAAAAAGGUGGUGUUGAAGAAUUACGAUGGUAUCAAGAGGGCAAUAAUUAAUUUUGCCAAGUUCUUUAUUUUGAAUGCCAAAGUGCUGGAGGAAAUGGAAAUCGGAGUCCUCGGCCAUGGCAAUGACAAACGGAUGCAGUAUCUACAUGAAGAGCUACAGGUGGAGAAUAGAGCUUCUCAAGAUGCACAAAUUGAACUAAAGAGGGAUGUACGACAAGAUUUCAAACACCAUAGGCAUACCCAUGAUUUUUCGGUGGCGGACCCUUUUGAUAGGCCCUGUGGACGGUUGCUAUAGAUGUUCUAGAUAGCCUUUCUGGAGAUUGUGUCACCAACUGCCCUUGCUUGUCUGUCUAAUGUAAUAAUGUCAUCUCACCCCUUGUGACGAACUGCAAACUGAUCUACUUCAUUCAGCAAUGAAGUGCUUUUGUUACCCACUUUUGAAGCAAAUUAAACUAGGAUUCA